AUGGCCGCCCCCGUCCCCUUUGAUCCUCUCAUCUUCACAGACGACUACCUCCGGGUCCGUGCCGUCCCGACCUGCCAUACCUCGACAUUUGUGUGGUGCCACUCCGCGGCCGACAAGGGCGCCGACUGGCAGUUUAUGGUCGCCCCGCUGCGCGCGCUCGGCCACUGCAACCACAUUGCCUUUAUCUUCCCCUACCUCGACUACAGCGCCCCCAACGACCCGGCCAUCCGCGCCAAGAACGAGGCCCUCGUCCAGAAAAUCGUCGACGAGGAGAUUGUCAAGGGCUGCCACCCGGACCGCGUCGCCGUCGGCGGCUACAACGAGGGCCUGGCCGUGGCCCUGCUGGCGACGCUGGCCGACCCCAAGAACACAAUCAACGGCGUCCUGGGCAUCACCGAGCGACUGGCCUUGCCGAGCCUCGCGGGUGUCUGCAGAGAUGCCAACGCCCAGACGCCUGUUUUUGUGGUCGACCGCUCUGGCGCGGACGGCAACGAGGGCACAAAGGCGCUCGAGGCGGCCGGCCACCCCGUCCGCGCUGUCGUCGAUGGGAGCAAGAAUGCGUCGUCGGGCGCCAAUCCGGUCACACAAGAGGAGCUCGAAAAACUCGACACGUUCGUCCACGAGGUGCUGCCCGUCGAGUUUGCAAAGAAGGAAUAG